GGUUGACCUCUCGAUCUCUGUGUCUUGGAUGAAACCCUCCUCCCCUCCUCCCUCUCUCGUAAGAGAGAGAGAGAGAGAGAGAGAGAACAAUGACUGGCGAGCGACUACAAACGUUAUAUAUACAAUUUCUCAAUUUAUUCUCAGACUAAAAUUGCAGAUGCAGGGAUAGGUACCAGGUAAUCGAGGAACAAUGGCUGGAGUUGAUGGAGACCGUGAAAACUGGGAUUUGCUCGGGGAAUAUACCAACAAGACCCUGAGGCUGAAGGCAGACCGCUGGGGCAAGGCUGUGCAGAAUGAAGACAACCGCUCAACCAUCCUCAAUUUCUUGGACGGUGAAGCUGAAUUGGUGGUGGUGAGCCUGAAUCAUUCCAAUCAGCUGGUGUCAACGCCCGAGGUACCAGCUGGAUUGCGUACGAAGGGUGUCUAUUACCUGAAGGCAAGCGACGUACCUCUGGUGCGCGAAGAGGACCACAGCAAUGUGCGGGAACAUGUUAUAUUUGGAGACAUAUCGCCCCAACCUCUCGACCAGCUAUCCACGCUCAUUGAAGAGGUUAUCAUCCCAAUGCUGGAAAACCCGGCUAAUCGAACUGGGUGGCCAGAGAUGGUGUGUGAAGAUGUUUCCCACCAACUGUAUGCCCUCCGAGGAACAGUCUAUCGGAUGUGGGGACAGCUUCGAGGCCAGACACUUCUUCCUCUUCCUUUUGGAAUGGAAACUCUAGAAAAGGCUGAGAGACAUGCACUUGACACUGGGGAGAUGACAGACUCCCAGCUGAAGAGUGCCAUUGAGGGCGUGGUCAUCAAGUGGGUGCAUCAGGUGGAAGAAGUGCUGGUGCAGGACACUGACUCUCUUGCUUCAGCCCAACACUUCCCCAAGCCUCUAGAGGAGAUUACCUUCUGGAAGAAGAGAAGAGAGAACCUUGCCCACAUAGCAAGCCAACUCAGAGAUAAAAAGGUUAUGAUGAUGUCAAAUAUCUUGGAGGUGACUGAGUCUGCCUAUUACCCUGCCUUCAUGAAAAUGAGUGCUGAUGUUUCAAUGGCUGUAGAAGAGGCGAGAGAUAUUAUGAUCCACUUCACGCCACUCAAGCCUCUCUUAGAAGGACUGGAGAGUGGGGAGUUUCAGGAUGCGCCACCCAUCCUCCCUCCUCUGGUGCAUUGCAUUUGCCUCCUUUGGGCUGCUUGUCCUCCCUACAGGAAACCAGAUCGGAUUGUAACGCUGUUCAAAGAAAUUACAAACUUGCUCAUUAGCAUGGGUCAGCUCUUCAUAGGUACUGUAGGAUUCCAGGCUGAGACAACAGAGCCUCUACAAAAAAUCAACACAUGUGUCUCUGUUCUCAGAAAGUUUAGAGAGAUCUUUGAGGAGCACAGAGCCAAAGUGGAGAAUUACUUUCCUGAGGGUGAGAGGCAACGUUCCUGGGAGUUCCAUCCCACCCAUGCCUUCUCUAGGAUGGACCAAUUUCUGGAGCGUCUUGCCAACAUCAAGGAAAUAUUUGAUGUAGCAAAAGAAUUUCUGAAGAUAGAGAAAGUAGAAUUUGGUGGACCUAAGGGAAAAGUCCUUGGAGCAAAUAUAUCAUCUGUGUACAGUGAGUUCAAUGAGGCGUACACAGCAUUCUCCAUCCUGACCUACGACUGUUUGGACCCCGCUGAGGAUGCCUUCAAUGAGGGACACCAACAUUUCAAGAAGAAAGUAACCGAACUUGAGCAGCGUCUCAGCCUCAUUGUGAAGAAUGCACUGCAGGAGAGCCAGAGUCCUGAGGCAUAUUUCAAGGUAGUGGAGUUGCUAGGAAGCAUCCUGGAACGGCCUAUAAUCCAGGCUGAGUACACCAACUGCCUCCCACACCUUAUUCACCUCUUGAAGCAAGAAAUUGAUACAGCCAAGGAACUCUUUGAACGGUGGCAGAAUGGAGAGGGCAAUGAUAUGCAACAAGAUGAGACAAAGACAGAAGAGGAAGAUGUGGCACUUGAAGGAGAAGAACAAAGAAAUGAAAGACAGGAGCUGAGGGACUGCAGUUUGCUUCACCGUUACUUUCCUCCUGUGGUGGGCAAGCUGAAGUGUUUGAAAGAGGUGCGGGACCGUGUGGCGGGCAACAUGCAAUCAUUCUGUCAGCUUAAUCACCCAUUUGUAAGCAGUGAAGAUGGAAUGGUUCUGCAGCGGCAGUGGCAAGAAGUUGCUAAUGAUGUUCAGGAAUACAUUGAUAAGGUGGUGGCUGAAUGGCAAAAUGUUGCAGGUGCUGACUACACCCCUGCUCUCAGCCAGCCACUCCUCCAACGUCGACAUGAUUCCACCAUUGCGGUCAACUUCAGUGCUGAGCUUGUUCGGGCACUACAGGAACUAAAGUAUGUGUGGGUUGUGGGUGUGGUAUUAAAAGAGGGAGCUGAACUAGCAGAGCGACGAGAAACUUUCAGGAAGUACACUGCAAACUUACAACUGGUGGCUGACUGGUACAACCACAUCAAGACCAACACUAAUGAUGUGGAAUUCAAUUUGAUUCGCAAAGAAAUGGAAGAUAUUGAUACAAGUAUUCUGAAGGCUGAGUCUGAUCUGACAUGGAACUCAGAGGGUGUAUGGGAUUAUAUUACAAAUUUACGUGACACUGUAAGCAAUUUGGAAAACCGUGUUCAGAAGGCCCAAUCCAACAUUAAAGUGAUGGAUGGCAUUCUGGCUAGCUGGGUGCUGAAGCCAAUCUUUGAGAGGAAGGAUGGAAAGAAAGAUGCACUUCUAAACCUUGAAGACAGAGAAGACAGGCUCAAGAAAGUAUUUAACAACAUGCAGCGAGAUGGAGGCAAGCUAAAGGCAAUGGUGGAUGAGAAUCAAGCCUUACUAAAGGUGCCUGAAGGAUCUCGUCACUGGGACCGGUAUCUUCUCUUUCUUGACAACAUGAUCACACGGGGCCUUGUUGAUGCUGUCAGCUGCAGUGUAUUUUACCUGCUGGAUAACUGUGAGCCUCGUGUGAACCAAUUUCCACUACUGGAGGCACGUUUGGAGCUGAGAGAACCCAACCUUGUCAUAAGUCCCUCACCCGAAGAGCUCGUCAGCCUGGCAGAGUCUCUGGUUAAUGAUGUUGUGCACAUUUCAACUCUUGUUCCUCGCCUCUCCACUCAUGACCAUGCAACCUACCUUCCGGGUGUGGAGAAGGAUGAUGAGGUUGUGGAGCUGAAGGAAGCACUGGUGGGAAGAUUCCAAGUUGCAUCAGGCAAGAUUGCUGAGCACAGAGAUCAGUUCCUGCAGCAUCAAGCUCUGUGGAGAGAUAGUCGGCAAGAUGUCCUUGCAAAGUUCCUUACUUCAGGGGAAGGUGAUGCUCAGCCUUCCUUGCAACAAUUCAAGCAUCAGAUUGAUCGAUAUGAGGCUUUGUACACUGAACUUGAGGCUAUUGAAACCACUGUGCUGUUUGACAAGUGGUUCCGCCUGGAUGUGCGGCCUUUCAAGCACAGUCUCCUGGAAAACACAAAAAAGUGGGCAAGAAUGUAUAAGCAACAUUUGAUCAACCAAGUUACAAAUAGUCUUACAGAGCUUGACAAAUUUAUCAAGGAAGCUGAGGUGGGUGUGGCACAAGACCUUGGUAACGGGGACUACGACAUACUCGUAUCAAUCAUGGGUCAUCUUGUUGGUGUGCGUGAGAGGAUUCACUCUACAGAUGCCAUGUUUGAACCGCUCAAGGCCACCAUUGCCCUCGUCAAGCAAUACGGGGAUGACUUGCCCGAAACAAUGCAUCUCAAGCUUCAGGAGUUGCCAGAACAGUGGGAAUCACUGAAGAAGCAGUGUGACUUGAUCCGGCAGCAUGUAGCACCACUCAAAGCUAGUGAAGUCUCAGCAAUCAGGAAAAAAUGCAUCAAAUUUGAAACACGCCAAGCUGUUUAUCGUGAAAAGUUCAAGAAGUAUUCCUUUUUCAACUUCUCUUGUGAGCUGCCAUACUGGAGGCUGGAGCGGGUCAACAUGAGGCUACAGCGUUUGGAAGAAGAGAUGCAUCAGUUGCAAGAUUCUGCUGUUUUGUUUGAAGUGGUCAUUCCAGAAUUCAAGUACAUGAAAGCUUGUAGGAAGGAACUUCGCAUGCUAAAGCAAUUGUGGGACCAUAUUUGUCUUGUGAGGGCAUGUGUUGACUACUGGAAGACAACACCAUGGAGAGAAGUUGAUGUUGAGAAUAUGGACAUUGAGUGCAAAAAAUUUGCUAAGGACAUAAGAUCCUUGGAUAAGGAGAUGCGCUCCUGGGAUGCUUACAUAAAUCUGGAUGCAACAGUCAAAAAUAUGCUCACUUCACUACGAGCAGUAGCAGAACUACAAAACCCAUCUCUAAGAGAAAGACACUGGGGCCAGCUUCUCAUUGCAACCAAAUCUGAGUCUUCAACCAAGUCAUUUGUGGCAAACUUUGUUGACAACCCCAAAACCACCCUGGCAGAUCUCCUUCAACUGAACCUACAUACAUAUGAGGAUGAGGUGAAAAAUAUUGUUGACAAGGCUGUGAAGGAAAUGUCCAUGGAAAAAAUUAUAAAGGAGUUGGAGCUGACAUGGGCCAACCUAGAGUUCCUGAUUGACAAGCACCCGAGAACAGGAGUUGCUCUUAUUAGAAUGUCAGAAGAGAUGAUUGAAACACUUGAGGAAAACCAGGUCCAACUACAGAACUUGAUGACUUCAAAAUACAUUGAACACUUUUUGGAAGAAGUUUCUCUGUGGCAGAACAAACUCUCUGUGGCGGAUCAAGUCAUUACUUUAUGGUUUGAGGUUCAGCGCACGUGGAGCCACCUGGAAUCAAUAUUUAUCGGUUCUGAUGAUAUUCGCCGACAGCUGCCAGAAGAUUCUGCAAGAUUUGAUCAAAUUGAUAUCGACUUCAAAGAGCUGGUAGCUGAGAUGGUUGCUAACCCUCACGUGCUGAAAGCCACCAAUCGCACUGGCCUGUUCCCCAGACUGGAAGCAUUGCAGGCGGAAUUAACACUUUGUGAAAAAACUUUGGCAGAGUAUUUGGAGACAAAGAGACUUGCCUUCCCAAGGUUCUACUUUGUUUCAACUGCUGACCUUCUUGAUAUUCUUUCCAAUGGGAAUCAGCCAGUGAAGGUCACAAGGCAUCUCACCAAGCUGUUUGACAGCAUAGCUGGAUUGAAGUUUGCUGAAGAGGAGUCAGGUGAAGGCACAGCAGCAGUGGGGAUGAAGGCCAAGGAUGGCGAGUACGUUGAAUUCUCCAACAUCACAAACUGUGUUGGACCUGUGGAGAAGUGGCUGAUGAGUGUGCUGCAGGUGAUGCGGGACACAGUGCGCGCCAGAAUGACUGAUGCAGUGGUGGCCUAUGAAGACCGGCCACGGGACCAGUGGAUUGGAGACUAUCCAGCACAGGUGGCACUAACAGGGACACAGAUCUACUGGACAGUGGAGGUGACGGCUGCCUUUGCUCGCCUGGAGGAGGGCUAUGAGAAUGCACUGAGGGACUAUUACCGUAAACAGGUGCAGCAGCUAAAUGCUCUCAUAUCACUUCUGUUGGGAGAACUCACACGGCAGCAACGCCAAAAAAUCAUGACCAUCUGUACCAUUGAUGUUCAUGCACGAGAUGUGGUUGGGAGGCUCAUCAGUGGACGAGUGGAGAGCGCUGCAGAAUUUGCAUGGCAGUCUCAGCUACGCCACAGAUGGGAUGAACAAGAAUCAGACUGCAUUGUGGAUAUUUGUGAUGCGAGAAUGAAGUAUGAUCAUGAGUACCUUGGAAACACUCCUCGUCUUGUCAUCACGCCCCUCACUGAUCGUUGCUACAUCACUCUGACACAGUCCCUUCAUCUGGUGAUGGGUGGUGCUCCCUCUGGCCCAGCUGGUACUGGCAAGACAGAAACCACCAAGGAUCUUGGUCGUGCUCUUGGAAUGAUGGUGUACGUCUUCAAUUGUUCGGAGCAAAUGGACUAUAAGUCUUGUGGCAACAUCUACAAAGGUCUGGCUCAGACUGGUGCAUGGGGCUGCUUUGAUGAGUUCAACAGAAUAUCUGUGGAGGUGCUCUCUGUGGUGGCUGUGCAGGUGAAGAGUGUCCAGGAUGCCAUCCGCAAUAAAAAGAAAACAUUUGAUUUUAUGGGAGAGAACAUACGGCUCACAACUACAGUGGGCAUUUUCAUCACAAUGAACCCUGGCUAUGCAGGUCGCACUGAGUUACCAGAGAAUCUCAAAGUACUCUUUAGACCUUGUGCCAUGGUUGUGCCUGACUUGGAACUGAUUUGUGAGAUCAUGCUGGUUGCUGAGGGAUUCAUUGAAGCCAAAGUUUUGGCAAGGAAGUUCAUCACACUCUAUAGACUUUGUCGGGAGCUGCUCUCAAAACAGAGUCAUUAUGAUUGGGGUCUGAGAGCUAUCAAGAGUUUGCUAGUUGUGGCUGGAUCUCUCAAGCGUGAUGACCCAGAGAGGCCUGAGGAUCAAGUGUUGAUGCGUGCCUUGAGGGACUACAAUGUGCCCAAAAUUGUGACGGAUGAUGUGCCUGUCUUCAUGGGUCUUAUUGGAGAUCUUUUUCCUGCUUUGGAUGUGCCACGGAAGAAAGAUCAAGACUUUGAGAAGGCUGUCAAGGAGGCAGCAGUGGACUUGAAGCUUCAGCCAGAAGACAGCUUCAUUCUUAAGGUAAUACAACUGAAGGAACUGCUUGAAGUGCGGCACAGUGUGUUCAUCAUUGGACAAGCAGGCACUGGCAAGACUCAAGUUUGGCGAACACUUUUCAGGACGCUGCACAACAUGAAGAAGAAGCCGACGUGCUUUGACCUCAAUCCCAAGGCAGUAACCACAGAUGAACUUUUUGGUUACAUUAAUCCAUCCACUAGAGAAUGGAAAGAUGGGCUAUUCUCCAGCCUGAUGCGUGAUCAGGCCAACAUGCCCGGCGAUGCUCCAAAGUGGAUAAUUCUUGAUGGUGACAUUGAUCCUAUGUGGAUUGAAUCCUUGAAUACACUAAUGGAUGACAACAAGAUUCUGACCCUGGCCAGUAAUGAACGCAUCUCUCUCACACCUUGCAUGCGUCUGCUGUUUGAAAUCAGCCACUUGCGCACAGCCACACCUGCCACAGUCUCCCGGGCUGGCAUUAUUUACCUCAACCAGGGAGACCUUGGCUGGAACCCUUAUGUCACCAGCUGGAUAGACCGGCGAGAGGUGCAGAGUGAGAAGGCCAACUUAAUGGUGCUCUUUGACAAGUACAUCCCAACGUGUCAAGACAUACUAAGAGUUCGUUUUAAGAAGAUCACACCAAUGCCAGAAAUUAGCCAUCUGAUGAUGCUUUGCCAGCUCCUGGACUGCCUCCUCACACCAGAGAAUGCUCCGCCUGAUAGCCCUAAAGAAGUCUAUGAAGAGUACUUUGUCUUCGCACUUGUGUGGGCUUUUGGAUCUGCUCUCUAUCAAGAUGGGAAUAUUGACUACCGAGUGGAAUUCAGCAAGUGGUUUCAGCAAGAGUUUCGCACUGUCAAGUUUCCAACAACUGGCACUGUGUUUGACUACUACAUUGAGAGGGAGAGCCUCAGAUUUGCCCCCUGGACUGAGAAGAUACCAAAGUUUGAGUUGGACCCUGACAUGCCGCUGCAGUCGUUGAUGGUUCACACCAGUGAAACAGUGCGACUCAAGUUCUUCAUCAACCUGCUCAUGUCCAAGUACCAUCCUGUGAUGCUGGUCGGCUCAUCGGGAUGUGGCAAGUCGGCUCUUCUCAAUGAAAAACUGAAUUCCUUACCUGAGGAAUAUGCAGUGUGCAAUGUUCCCUUCAAUUACUACACCACUUCAGAACUGCUUCAGAGGGUGUUAGAGAAGCCCUUAGAAAAGAAGGCUGGGAGAAACUUUGCACCACCAGGCAACAAAAAGUUAGUGUAUUUCAUCGAUGACAUCAACAUGCCAAUGGUGGACCAAUAUGGGACUGUGCAGCCUCACACUCUGAUCCGUCAACAUCUUGACUAUGGCCACUGGUAUGACCGCACAAAACACACUUUGAAGGAAAUCCACAAUGUGCAGUAUGUUGGAGCAAUGAACCCAACGGCCGGCUCCUUCACCAUCAACCCUCGUCUCCAGCGGCACUUCAGUGUCUUUGCAGUGAGCUUUCCAAGCAUGGACAGCCUCAACCUGAUCUACUCCUCCCUGCUGGACCAGCACCUCAAGAACCCAGCCAUGAAGUUCAACCCAGCUCUCAUUCGGAUGACAGAACCUUUAGUACAAGCUGCACUCCAGCUGCACCAGAAGAUUACCUUCACCUUCCUUCCCACUGCCACCAAGUUCCACUAUAUCUUCAAUCUUCGGGAUCUCACCAACAUAUUUCAGGGUUUGCUCUUUUGCUCGGGAGAAACAAUGAAAGCUCCCAUUGAGUUGUUACGGUGUUGGCUGCAUGAAACUCAAAGAGUGUACGGUGAUCGCCUCUUAGAGGAAAAGGAUCUCGAGAUGCUUAACAAACUACAGGUUGAUGUAACCAAAAAGAUCUUUGAGGAGCUGGAUGAAGGAGAGGUCAUGGCAACACCAAAUGUGUUUUGUCACUUUGCACGAGGAGUUGGGGAGCCGCGCUACCUCCCCAUACAAUCAUGGACAGACCUCAACACCAUUCUGCAAGAUGCUCUUACCACCUACAAUGAGCUCAACGCUGCCAUGAAUCUGGUGUUGUUUGAGGAUGCCAUGGCUCAUGUCUGUCGGAUUAAUCGCAUCUUGGAGUGUCCUCGAGGCAAUGCGCUUCUGGUGGGAGUGGGAGGUUCAGGCAAGCAAUCCCUGGCCCGACUUGCAGCAUUCAUUUCUGGUCUUGAAGUGUUCCAGAUCACACUCACCAAAGACUACGGCAUUCAAGAGCUAAGGACAGACUUAGCAAAUUUGUACCUCCGUGCUGGCUUGAAGAACCUUGGGACAGUUUUCCUCAUAACUGAUGCUCAUAUCCCUGAAGAGAAAUUUCUUGUCCUUAUCAAUGAUUUGUUGGCCUCAGGAGAAAUACCAGACCUCUUCCCUGAGGAUGAGGUGGAGAAUAUUGUGUCUUCUGUCAGGAAUGAGGUGAAAAGCACAGGGCAGCAGGACACACGGGACAACUGCUGGAGGUUCUUCAUUGAUCGCGUCAGAAAGAAUCUCAAAAUGGUGUUGUGUUUCUCUCCUGUGGGUUCAACUCUCAGAGUGAGAGCCCGCCAAUUUCCGGCAAUCAUUAGCUGCACCACAAUUGAUUGGUUCCAUGAGUGGCCACAGGAAGCUUUAGUGUCAGUGUCUGAAACUUUCCUGGCUGGCAUUGAGUAUUUACCGGAAGGUCUACGAGAUUCUGUGUCAAAGUUCAUGGCCCACGUCCAUGGCUCAGUGAAUGAGAUGAGCCGCAUCUAUCUUACCAAUGACCGACGUUACAACUACACCACACCCAAGACUUUUUUGGGCUUUAUCUCCCUGUACUCCAGCCUUCUUACUACAAAACACAAAGACCUCCAGGGAAAAAUUGAACGCCUCAUGAAUGGCUUAGAGAAGCUGAGAACCACUUCUGCUCAAGUUGAUGACUUGAAAGCCAAGUUGGCUACUCAGGAGGUUGAGCUACAAAAGAAAAAUGAGGCAGCUGACAAGCUCAUUCGCAUAGUUGAAGCCGAGACAGCAAAGGUCUCAAAGGAGAAUGAAGUGGCCAAUGAGGAAAAACGCAGAGUAGCUAUUAUUGAAGCUGAGGUAGCAAAACGGAGGAAGGAAUGUGAGGAAGAUUUGGUGAAGGCUGAACCAGCACUGGAAGCAGCAAAAGAAGCCCUCAAUACACUGAACAAGGCCAAUCUGACGGAGCUGAAGUCGUUUGGGUCGCCUCCAUCAGGAGUGUCGAGUGUGACGGCUGCUGUCAUGGUCCUCCUUGCUCCCAAUGGCAAGAUUCCUAAAGACCGCUCAUGGAAAGCUGCCAAGAUGGUGAUGGCUAAAGUAGACCAGUUCCUUGAUCAACUGAUUAAUUACAACAAAGAAGACAUCCAUCCUGACAUCAUUAAGGCUAUUCAGCCAUACCUUGAAAAUCCAGAGUUCAAUCCAGACUUCAUCAGAUCCAAAUCUGUUGCUGCUGCAGGUUUGUGUUCAUGGGUUAUAAACAUAAUCAGGUUCUAUGAGGUGUACUGUGAUGUGGAACCCAAGCGACGAGCUCUUGAGGAGGCAAAUGCAGAACUUGCAGCUGCACAAACACGUCUCACUUCAAUUACCUCAAAGAUCAAGAGCUUGGAGGAACAACUAGGCCACUUAAGAGCUGAGUUUGAUAAAGCAACAGCAGAAAAGAUGAGGUGUGAAAAAGAAGCAAAUAGCACAGCUCACACCAUUGCUCUUGCUAACCGUCUAGUGGGUGGCCUAUCAUCUGAGAAGAUUCGGUGGUCAGAGGCUGUGUCACACAUGCACACUUCAGAGAAGACAUUGCCUGGAGAUAUUCUGUUGGUGUCAGCCUUCAUAUCAUAUGUUGGGUGUUUCACCAAACACUACCGUCGUGACUUGAUGGACAAAAUGUGGUUACCUCUCCUGCAGAAGCUUAACCCAAUCAUCCCUAUCACCCAUAACUUGGAUCCCAUCAAGCUUCUGACUGAUGAUGCCACCAUUGCUGUGUGGAACAAUGAAGGUCUUCCCUCAGAUAGAAUGUCAACAGAGAAUGCCAUCAUCCUCACCAACUCUGAUCGCUGGCCACUCAUCAUUGACCCACAGCUUCAAGGCAUCAAAUGGAUUAAAGCCAAAUAUGGAGAGCAGUUGGUGGUUGUGAGGCUUGACCAGAAGCAUUGUUUGGACACUCUAGAGUUGGCUAUUACUAGAGGCAAUACUGUUCUCAUUGAAAACUUGCCUGAGAACCUUGAUCCAGUGCUUGAUCCCUUGAUUGGAAAGAACCUCAUUAAGAGAGGAAGGGCUCUCAAAAUUGGAGACCGGGAAAUUGAAUUCAAUGAUUCAUUUCAAUUAAUACUUCACACUAAACUUGCAAAUCCUCAUUACAAGCCGGAGUUGCAAGCCCAGUGCACACUCAUCAAUUUCACAGUGACAAGAGAUGGUCUAGAAGAUCAACUCCUUGCUGAAGUGGUGAAGGCUGAAAGACCUGACCUGGAGGAGCUAAAGUACAAUCUAACAAAGCAACAAAACGACUUCAAGAUACAAUUGAAGCAUUUGGAGGAUGAUCUCUUGAGUCGGUUGUCUUCUGCUGGGGGCAAUUUUCUGGGAGAUACUGCACUGGUGGAGAAUCUGGAGCAUACAAAGGCCACAGCACAGGAGAUCCAGGAGAAGGUGGCUGAGGCAAGGGUGACUAGUCAGCAAAUUGAUGAAGCCAGAGAGCUGUACAGACCUGCGGCAGCCAGAGCCUCUCUUCUGUACUUCAUCCUUAAUGAUCUCCACAAGAUAAACCCCAUAUACCAGUUCUCACUGAAGGCUUUCAGAGUUGUGUUCCACAAGGCUAUAGAACGUUCUGAAGCUAAUGAAGAUGUAAAACUCAGGGUGUCAUCACUUAUUGAUACCAUUACUCACAGUGUCUUCCUGUACACUACAAGAGGCCUGUUUGAAAAGGACAAACUUAUUUUUGCUGCACAAAUGACUUUCCAGGUUCUUGCAUCACAAGGCCAGGUUGGGGUAGCAGAACUGGAUCUUUUGUUACGGUUUCCCAUCCAACCAAAUGUGGUUUCCCCGAUUGACUUCCUCACCAACAACAGCUGGGGUGCCAUUCGAUCCCUUUCACAAGUUGAUGAAUUCAGGAAUUUGGAUCGUGACAUAGAAAACAGUGUAAAAAGAUGGAGGAUGUUCUGCGAGUGUGAGGCGCCAGAGAGGGAGAAGCUGCCUGGAGAGUGGAAGGGUCGCUCUGAUGUGCAGCGACUCAUUAUCAUGAGAGCCCUGAGACCUGACCGCAUGACUCACGCCAUGCAAACUUUUAUUGAGGAGCGAAUGGGGAAGAAAUAUGUAGAAGGGGAGAACAUAGAUUUCUCACAGAGUUAUGAGGAGUCAGGACCAUCCACACCAAUAUUCUUCAUUCUCUCUCCUGGUGUUAAUCCACUGAAAGAAGUGGAGCAGCUUGGCCAGCGUCUGGGCUACACAUGUGACAAUGGGAGGCUGCACAAUGUCUCCCUUGGUCAGGGUCAGGAGAAGGUAGCAGAGGAAGCCCUCAAGGUUGCUGCCAAAGAAGGUCAUUGGGUUAUUUUACAGAAUAUCCACUUGGUGCGCCAGUGGUUGCCUCGCCUUGAGAAGAAGCUUGAGGCAUAUUCUGACGCUGCUCAUUCAGACUACCGUGUGUUCAUGAGUGCUGAGCCCGCCAACCGCCCUGAGAACCACAUUUUGCCACAGGGAAUACUUGAAUCAGCUAUCAAGAUAACCAAUGAACCCCCUAGAGGAAUGCAAGCCAAUCUCCACAAGGCACUCCAGAACUUCACACAGGAGACUUUGGAGAUGUGCUCUAAGGAAGCAGAGUUUAAAUCCAUACUCUUCUCCCUCUGUUACUUCCAUGCCUGUGUGGCUGAAAGGAGGAAAUUUGGGGCUCAGGGUUGGAAUAGACCUUAUCCUUUCAAUACAGGAGACCUCACCAUUAGUGUGAAUGUGUUAUACAACUACCUGGAGGCCAACAGCAAGGUGCCGUGGGAGGACCUGCGUUAUCUGUUUGGUGAGAUCAUGUAUGGUGGACACAUAACGGAUGACUGGGACAGAGUGCUCUGCCGAACCUAUCUGGAGGAGUUUCUUCACCCUGAUCAGCUUGAUGGUGAGCUGAAUUUGGCACCAAGCUUUCCAUGCCCUCCAAACCUUGAUUACUCUGGGUACCACAGCUAUAUAGACACAUACCUCCCUAGUGAGUCGCCACACCUCUAUGGACUUCACCCUAAUGCAGAGAUUGGAUUUCUCACCAUGACAUCUGAGCACCUCUUUAAGACAGUGUUUGAGCUCCAGCCACGGGAUAUGGGGAACUCAGGGGGAGUUGUCAUCACAAGGGAGGACAAGGUGAAACAGACACUGGAUGAAAUUCUUGAGAAGUUGCCAGAGGAGUUCAACAUGACGGACAUUACUGGGAAAGUGGAGGAACGAACUCCAUAUGUUGUGGUUGCUUUCCAAGAAUGUGAGCGCAUGAACCUCCUCACCAGGUCAAUAAGGUCCUCUCUCAAGGAGCUGGAUCUUGGCUUUAAGGGAGAGCUGAAGAUGACAUCAGCAAUGGAAGACCUGUGUGAGUCUUUGUUCCUGGAUCAAGUUCCAGAUCCAUGGACUGCCCGAGCUUAUGCUUCUACUCUUGGCCUGACCACCUGGUAUGCCGACCUGUUGCUGAGAGUGAAGGAAAUCGAAAUAUGGGUAACAGACUUCCAGGUGCCACCGGCUGUGUGGCUGGCAGGGUUCUUCAAUCCACAAAGUUUCUUGACAGCAAUCAUGCAGAGCACUGCACGUAAGAGUGAGCUUCCUCUUGAUCAGAUGUGCCUCCAGUGUGACGUAACAAAGAAAAAUAAAGAGGAUUUCACGUCAGCACCACGAGAAGGAGCCUAUGUGCAUGGCCUCUUCCUAGAGGGCGCUUCGUGGGACAAUGAGAACUCAAUCCUCAUUGAUUCAAGGGUGAAGGAACUCCAUCCUCUGAUGCCUGUCAUAUUUAUAAAGGCCAUUACACAAGACAAAGCAGAGAACAGGAACUUGUAUAAGUGUCCUCUUUACAAGACGCGCCAGAGAGGACCAACCUAUGUCUGGACCUUCAACCUCAAGACCAAAGAGAAGCCUGCUAAGUGGAUCCUGGCUGGUGUCGCUUUGCUCCUGCAGGUGUAGAGGUCUAAAUACAAGCAGAACUGUAUAUGUGUGUGUGUGUGUAAUUCACUGUUUGAUCUGCUGCAGUCUCUGACGAGACAGCCAGACGUUACCCUACGGAACGAGCUCAGAGCUCAUUAUUUCCGAUCUUGGGAUAGGUCUGA